UCCUUCUGCUGCAACUAAAUUCUCAUAAUUAGAUAUGCAGAUGAUGUCUGGAGAUGGGCUUUCAAUUCCCACUUCCAUCAGAGGUUUUUCUCAUCAAGAAACCAUUAAUCCAAACCCUAAUAAUAACCUUCCCCCUAAUCCCACUCCAGUUGUGAAGAAAAAGAGGAAUCUCCCAGGAACGCCAGAUCCAGAUGCAGAAGUGAUAGCUAUAUCACCCAAAACUCUUAUGGCCACAAACAGAUUUGUGUGUGAAAUCUGCAAUAAAGGAUUCCAGAGAGACCAGAAUUUACAGCUUCACCGGAGAGGUCAUAACCUACCAUGGAAGCUCCGGCAGAGAACAAGCAAAGAAAUUCGGAAAAGGGUUUACAUAUGCCCCGAGAAAAGCUGCGUGCAUCACGAUCCAUCAAGAGCACUUGGAGAUCUCACUGGUAUCAAGAAACAUUUCAGCAGAAAACAUGGCGAGAAGAAAUGGAAAUGUGAGAAAUGUUCCAAGAAAUACGCUGUUCAAUCUGAUUGGAAAGCUCAUACUAAAACUUGUGGAACUCGAGAGUAUAAAUGUGACUGCGGAACACUCUUCUCUAGGAAGGAUAGUUUCAUAACCCACAGAGCCUUCUGUGAUGCUCUAGCAGAAGAGAGUGUGAGGUUUACUUCAGUUGCAGAGGUUCCACGCGAAAGCAAUUAUCCCACAUCGGAUGUGAUUAGCUCGAUGUCAAUCAACAAUACUACUCAGAGCAUGAGUCUGCCUCAUGGGUUUGGCAGCAGAGGAAGAGGAGGAGAAGCAGAUGGUAAUGGAAUCCCUCAAUUGAACCAGACUUUAUUCACUAAUAACACUCUUGAUCCAUCAAACCAUCAUCAUCAAAAGCCCAGGUUGUCACUUUGGUUGGAUCAUCAACAUCAUCAGGCCAUGAACCCCAUAGAUGUGGCUGCGGCUGCGAAUUCGAAUGCUUUCUUGACACCAAGCUCCACUAGCUUGCCUGAAUUGGUUCAAAUGGCAUCCACUAAUCUCUUCAGCCCAUCAUCUUCAAUGAUGGAUUAUGGUGGAUGCAUACAGCCUCAGCCUCAGAUGCAGCAGUGGCUAGGCCGGCCUUCGACCGGUGCCAUGGCGGCACCGGCGGCCAGUCUUUCUUUAUCCACAUCUCCAAGAGGAUUAAAGGAAGAAGGUCACAACAAUGUCAACAACCACAAAGGACCUUUAGUUGAAAGCUUAGCUUCUUUGUAUUCAUCUACCACCUCUACAAAUCAAUCCAGUUCAUCAGCUCCAAUGUCAGCCACCGCCCUUUUACAGAAGGCAGCCCAAAUGGGAUCCACAAGGAGCAAUAUCAACAGUAAUGGCGACGGCAACGGUAACAAUCCCAAUAACCCUUCAUUCCUUGGUGGGUUUGGAGUCCUCAGCUCUUCAAUGAGUGAUCUGAUGCAUUCUCAUUCGAUAUCGAAUGAGCAAAUGCAAAUCAAGUAG